GUAAGAAAGAUGUUUACAUUGUGUUCAUUUGGAAACGAGAAAUUUGGCAUUUUAUUAGACAAAAUAUAAGAAUAUGCUUCAAGAGAAUUACGUGUAACGCGUGUAGAUUUACAGUGAACUGUUAUCCAAACUGAUUAUCUCCAACAUAAGCCGGUGCAGAAUGGCAGCUAUUAUUCUACAUGUAGUUUCCUUAGCUAACAGACCAUGCAGACGAAGUAAUUUUAUUUUAAAAUCGUCUAAGGUGCCAUUGAAACAGGUCAUGUUUGCAACCAUUGCAUCUGGAACACAUAUCGAACACCUGUCCACACAGCCUCAGAUAUUCAAGCCAGAUGACGACAGUGUGGUUAAAGAAACAUCAUGUGUUCCAGAAAGUUCUCCAGUUGAUGAAGCUGCUCUAGAGAAACUACAAGAUUUUGUAUCUGCUUCCAAGAGAUUAUUCGUGCUGACUGGAGCUGGAAUAUCGACAGAGUCGGGGAUACCUGAUUACAGGUCCGAGGGUGUGGGGCUGUAUGCCCGGAGUGACAGCCGACCAAUCCAGUACCAGGAUUUCCUCAAGAGUGCCUCCAAGAGGAGGCGAUACUGGGCCCGAAAUUUUGUUGGCUGGCCCAAGUUCAGCUCUGUCCUUCCCAACGCUGCCCACUGGGCCUUGGCAGAGUGGGAGUGGGCCGGCAAGGUGCACUGGCUAGUCACGCAGAAUGUGGACGCACUGCACACCAAGGCCCAGAGUCGGAGGGUGAUCGAGUUGCACGGGUGCUCAGCGUGGAUUGUGUGUCUGUCGUGCGGACAGAAAACUACCAGAGACAAGCUGCAGAAACGCAUGAAGGAGAUGAACCCGCAAUUUAGUGUAGAAUCUCAGGUGAUCGCUCCUGACGGUGAUGUCGUUCUCUCAGAUGAGGCGGUAGCCGGAUUUACUGUUCCCUCUUGCAGCUCCUGCCAUGGUAUCUUGAAACCAGACCUCGUCUUCUUUGGAGACAACGUGCCGCGAGACAUCAGGGAAUCGGCCUUUGCCCGGUUGCUUGAGGCUGACGCUGUUCUGGUGGCAGGGUCAUCUCUCGAGGUCUAUUCCGGAUUCCGUUUUGCACUGGCUGCAAAAGAGCAAAAGAAACCUCUAGGAAUAGUGAACAUUGGACCGACGAGAGCUGACCAGCUGGCCAAACUUAAGAUUGAUGGACGGCUGAGCAGCAUCUUGCCACGCAUUCAGGUCGCAUGACUCUGCUUUCGAAUCAAUGCCUCAGGAAUCUUGCACCAUCAAAUGUGUCUUUCAGGAACUUGAUACUUACUUUUUUCCCUUGGCUUGAAGAAAAGGAUAAAAGUGCCAACUACCUCAGGACACCUGACAGCCACUGGUGUCGUGUCCCAACGCUCAGGUGUGUUCAUCGCAGAUUUGUGGUCAAGUCCAAUUAAUUAGGAUAGCUUGUGACCUUGACUGGAGAUUGAAUGGUUUGUCAUUGAUGAGAGGACAGGCGAUAAACCAUUGAGGACAUGUUACUUGUUGGGUCUUACAAGGACUUGUAAUGGACUUACCUGUGAGGACGUCACUGCAGCUUUUAUCCUUUGUAUGCAGAGGCACUGUGCAUUGAUUGGUUCCAGACGGUAGAAUUACAUACAGAAAGUGCUUAGUCAUGGUCCGUUUUGAGUCUGUCAUUUAUCAAGGUCAGAUGAGCUGUCGUGUACAAAGUGUCAUCCACUUUGUGUGGCCACACAACACAAAUGGUCAGAACAUGUCCGAUGUUCAAUCAUACUUUCAUCUUCCUGGAUUUAUCCACAUUGUAUGUAAAAUGGUCGAGCACUACUGAUUGGAAAACCAAAUUGUGUGGGCGACACACCCUUCCAUAUACACGUACAUUGUCUUCCGAGCCCAAGUCCAAUACCUGUAUUCAUCAAUCCACUAAUCCCAGUACACCUUGAAACCACCCAGCCUGCUUCUCUUCGUAAUGAUAGGCGGGUACGCUUAUCAGCUCCCUGGAAACAAUAGGGGGGGAAGUCGACGGCAGGGGAGAUGACUUUACACAAGAAUAACAUUUUUAAACCACAUUUUCUGAUUUCCGUUUUAAUGUAUUUAUUUCACACUUGUUAGCUCCAACACAAUAUGGGUCACAUUCUAGUUUGCCUUUCUUUUUACUUUAAAACAUCCAAAGCAACUGCUAAAAUAAAACUACACUGCCAAUAUA